CCGAGGCCACGCACGGACUGUCCUCGCGCCGGUGCGUUCGUUUUGACUUUAUCCGAUAUCGCCCAGUUCACAGGCUCUGCCUUCGGAUCCGCCGCCAUCUGGCAGUAUGAGUCGCUCAAGUCGCGGGUCCAGACCUAUUUUGAAGAAGCUCGAGCAGACUGGUUGGAUAAAAUACGGCCACAGAAGAGAGGGGACUUCAGAAAGCAGGGGUUUUAAACUUGGAGGAGGGCUGGGUGAGCUGGACGCAAAGGGGAAUGGAUUCCACAUCUUGUGAGCCACCUCUGCAAAAGUGACCCUGGCACAAAAGUGGAAUCUCUCAAAGGUUAACAGCUGGUGGAAUAACCUGACUGAGGGUCAGCGGACUGUGACAGGUUUGUGUUAGCUUACAAGUAUUAGACAUUCACAGGAAGAGAAAUAUGGCAAACAGGUAUUAUAGCUGCAAACGUCUUUGUAUUCUGUUUAUGGAGGCUGCCUGGUAUGCGACGGAUUAUGUUUACAUAUUUCACCUCAGAUCCAUCCUCCAGAGCUCUGUGUUCUCCCAUGCUGCUCUCUACAUUUAGCCACUUCUCUCUAUUCCACAUGGCAGCAAAUAUGUAUGUUUUAUGGAGUUUUUCCAGCAGCGUUGUCUCUCUUCUGGGAUGUGAGCAGUUCAUUGCAGUGUAUCUUUCUGCUGGGGUUAUCUCCACUUUUGUCAGUUAUGUUGCUAAAAUGGCGACUGGAAGGUUUGAACCAUCGCUUGGAGCUUCGGGAGCUAUAAUGACUGUCCUUGCAGCCGUAUGUACAAAGAUGCCAGAAGCAAAACUAGCCAUCAUAUUUCUUCCAAUGUUCACAUUUACAGCAGGAAACGCUUUAAAAGCCAUAAUUGCAUUUGACACUGCAGGGCUUGCUCUAGGCUGGAGACUUUUUGACCAUGCUGCACAUCUUGGGGGAGCUCUCUUUGGAAUGUGGUACGUGACUUACGGCCAUGAGCUCAUAUGGAAGAACAGAGAACCACUGGUGAAAGCUUGGCAUGAAAUGAGGACAAAGAACACAGGAAAAGGAGGAGGUGGAAGGUCUAACUGAUUCUAAUCCUAGAGAUUCCUUGUGCCCAAGUGGUAUAUUACUUGAAGACAUGGGAUUGAAUUGGUUUUGAAGGUUUUUUGCUACUCCACAUUAAGCCUCUAAGGAGCUGAAGUUUCUAAUAUAAACUACAGUUACAGAAAUGCAUAUCAAUAGAAGAUGAACUCUGACAAAAGGUGGAACAAUAAAGGUUUUUAUCCUAUUGCUCUCUGA